UGCCGCCUGGCGUGGCCUUGUCCCGUGGCUGUGGUUGGGGAGGGACUGGCGGUCCUCAUAUCGGGGAGGGCCGGCCCACUACUCAGGGUUGAUCUCGGAGCGAGCGCCGCGGCACGUGAGGCGGCGUGUUGCGCGACGCGGGGAGCGGGAGGCGGGUGGGUGGAAGCGGGAGGCCACCCAGGCACCCUGAAGCCCUCAGUCCCAGAAUGGUCGGCGUCGUGGCUGGCCGCGGAUGGUGGUCGGGUCUCGGGUCUCAGCAUGUGUGUCCGUCGCGAGGAGAGUGUUGGCUCGCCGCACUGAUUCCCGAUGCCCCUCGCAUGCCGCCCCUGGAGCCUCGCCGCGCCAGCAGGUGACGCCCCUCCCGCCCUGGUGUGUCGCGGCGCGGCGAAGUAACAGGCAAUCACUGCAGACUGACGCGUGACAGGCUGUGCAGCCCUCGGGGAAUACACGUGUGAGUGAGCGAUGCCUGUCGGGGACGCGGGUGAGGCUGGUCACUAACCCUGGGCAUUGGUGGCCGCCGAGUGGUGCCACGGACACGGCGGCGCGGUAAUGCCAAGGAGCGAGGCCCUUACCUGCCCGCCCCAACACCUGUCGCCUCAGGAGGUCGCCGCCCCGGGACAGGAGCCAUGGGCACUCUGCACCCGCGCGGCACUGUGGUGUGACAUUCCCUGACCCUCGUGAUGGCCCUGAGAGGCCUGCUGGUCCGCCUGACGAUGUUCCUCCUGCCCCUUCGUAUGGCCGUGGAAAGCGCUCCCGUCACUGAACCCGUCACCGCUCAAGUCACCGCCCCGGUCACCACUAGAACACACCCGGCCCUGGAGUUCUUGCCGCACCGCUCACUCCAGCACCUCCCUCCUCCCUCCGUCAGAACCUUCUAUAAGAGGACUAUCGGCCAGGCUGAGGACUCGCCACCGCUCCGCAACUCGGCGAGUGGCGAGGUGGAGGCGUCACUGAACUGUUCCACUGAGCUUGGGACAGAGGGCCGCCAUGUGGUGCCAGACGUGACAGCCUCGCCCUCAUCGCCCUCCGUGCCCGCUCAGACCCACACUCACUCCCACCCUCAUCCUCAUCCUUAUCCACGCCUUCCCUCACCGUAUACCCAUCCCUCGACGCCUCAUCCUUAUCCCCCUCCACCUCAUACUACCAGACACCUUCCCCGGGGCUGCUUCUUCGCGACCACUCGCACCCACGCCCUCAGAGUGAUUCCAGCGAGGCGGGAGCGCGGCGGGCACUCUCCCAGGCAAUGGUCCGCUGCAACACAAGAACUAACGAGGCCAGAGCCCCGCAGGACGCGAGACACGAGAACCUGACAGUGGCGCGUGAAGUGUUUGAGAACCGAUCGCUUCUUCUGGACAAGGGAGGAGUGAAAGUAACCCCCAUAGGAGGAGACUUGGCGGGGGAGCAGGGAGGGAUCCGCGGCGACCCCAUACCUUUCCGCUGCUCGUAUAGUGGUCACAAGGAUCAGGUCCCCGCCGCGUGGUCAGUCCUCAUCACGGACCAGUCGCUGCUGUGUGUGGUGAACCCGCACUGGCUGGCCUAUCCCCCGCCCUCCCACCUCCACCACGUCAUCAUGGCGACGCUGUACCUCGUCAUCAUGAUCCUUGGCCUCGUCGGGAAUGGCCUUGUCAUUUUCCUCUUCAUCAGCUCGCGGGCGCUGCGGUCUCCUUCAAACCUGUUCAUUCUCAACCUGGCCGUGAGUGACUUCCUACUGGUGUCAAUGAUGAGCGCCGUGGUGCAUAACUCGCUGCUGGAGGCUCCUGCGAUGGGCCGUGUGGGUUGUGAUCUGUACGGGUUCAUAGGAGGGCUAUCCGGCACCACCUCCAUCAUGACCCUCGCCGCCAUAUCGUUCGACAGGUAUUUGGUCAUCUCCUACCCUCUGGACCCCUUUAAGAAGCUCUCACAUCGCCAGGUGCUUGCCAUUAUCCUCGCUACCUGGCUGUACUCCUUCACCUUCUCCGUUAUGCCUUUAGUUGGGUUCUCGGACAUCAACUAUUCUCCUGAAGGAUACCUCACCACCUGCAGCUUUGACUACCUUUCCGAGUCGACCAACACGCGUAUUUUUAUCUUCGCCUUCUUCGUGGCUGCGUGGGUGCUGCCUCUCAAUAUCAUCGUCUUCAGUUACCUCUCCAUCGUCAGCACUGUGUCCAAACAGGAGCGCUACUGUCGCACCUGCCAGGGCUCCUUCUCUUCCUCCUUCAAGCACCAGAGACUCAAGAGGAAGGAGGGAGUAGAGUUGAAGCUGACAAAGGUGGCCUCGGGUAUCAUCGCUCUCUGGGUCUUAGCGUGGACGCCCUACUCGGUGGUGGCUCUGCUUGGGAUCUUCAGGCAGCGAGCGGUCAUCACCCCCCUUGUCUCUAUGUUACCGGCUUUAUUUUGCAAGACCGCUGCCUGCUUGGAUCCUUUCAUCUACGCUCUCUCGCAUCCUCGCUUCAAGGCGGAGCUGGCCAACAGGUUGGUGCGACGCCGGCAACUGCUGGGUGGCAUGCUGAACGGCAUCACGCAGGGCUUCUCUGUCAGCACCUUCAGCGAGAUUCGGGAGGAGCGGGAGCUGUCUGACGUGCAGGCCUGUGGCAACUACGACCCGUCCACCUCCUCGCUUGGGCCGCUUCUGCAGCGCAACGCUUCCUCCUCCAGUAAUCCUACACUGGAGCGCAGCCGCCGCAGGGACACGGCGGGCUCCCCGGGCAGCAAGAGCCUGGUGUCUCCGGUGUCUACAGAGAUCUACCCUCGCAAGAGCCUCUCCACCUACAGCUUCAGGAGCAUCUCCAAGAACACCAAGCUGGACGAGAAGAUCGAGGCGCUGCACAAGUCCCGCCGCGACAAGUGCCACCUGGAGCUACGCACCACGGCACUUAUCGAGUUGCCCGCCGCGCCGCUGCCCAGGCCGCCCUUCUCUCUUAGUUGCUCCUUCAGCACGGGCCUUGAACGAGUCAGCCUGUGCGCGCAGCGCUCAGCAUUGUGGAGCACCUCUCAGAUGCCGCCCGCGCCUGAGGACCAGAAUUGCUCCGCCGAGGAGCCGCCAUCGGUGGAGUCCCCGCGGAAGAAGGCUAAGACCUGCACUAGAAGCCACGGCGGCCUGCCCACCGCUACAGCUACCUGCAGGAGCAAAGGGCGCAGCAACAGUCUGCCCAACAUGACUCAGAGCUCCUGCGACAGGAAGCUGGACGGAAAGUUCUCGAGGAACGUGCUGUUGCAGCUGUUCCAGGGCAGGAUUCUGCCGGGCGCCCGCCGCAACAAGAGCAGCUCGUCCAUCUUCCACGAUGACGGCAAGGUGUGAGGCGGCGGCGACCUGCGAGGUGCCAUGACGGCAGCUCAGAGCCCUGUCUCUUGGAAGUGUUGAGGCACGUAGGCCCAGCAGGACAGCGUCGCCAGCCACGGGUGUGGCGGGGCGCGGGACGGCGCCGCGAAGUGCAAGACUGGGAGGCCCAGAGCGGCGUGGUGAGGUGCGCACCACAUGGCAUGACGCACAGCAACUGAAGGUGGGGUAUCCCGGCAUAGUUAGGGCGUGACCAUGUGAUAUUAGGUCAAGGUCACGCCGCGGGUUGCCGAGGCGCAUUGUGGCGUGGCGGUGAGGUGGGUCACUUCAGGGGGGCUGGGGGACGGAGGGGUGGCGGAGAGGAGAGCUGAAGUAGCCACAUCAGAUUACAUAUAUUUUUCUUCCUGUCGCUCUCUUGCUAUAAAUAUUCGCUAUAUUUUACUAAGGUGUUGCUUAAUUUGUUGUACUUGUAAGGAAGUAAGGUUAACAGAGUAAGGUAACAGAGUACCUAAUUAAUGUUAGGGGGACAAGGGCGCGUCGUUUGUACCACGUGGCGGGCGAGGAACUGUGGGGACGAAGGGAGUCUGUUUCUAGGAUGCUUUUCUGUGUUAUACAUUUAAGACGGCACCUCCGUGAGAAGAGGACACCACGCGACGCCCUAACAGUGCUAACUUAUGCACUUCAGGUCGCUGGAGAUGACGCACGUCGAAGCGGAGACAAUAAUACCGUAAUGUUAAGGCUAAGGUAAGCAGGAGAAGCAGGACCAGUGCAACACAGACACAGACACAAGCACAGCCAACCCAUGCUCGUGUUACUUUCCCUUGUCUUUCACGUGACUUUCAACCUUCCCGCUAGCUCCUCCAGGCAGGACCAGGCAGGACCCUCAGUGGUCGCAGCGCCAGCAGGACCAAAGCACCGUCAACCUCCACACGAGACAAUCUUCACCAUCGCCACACUUCAUCACCGUCGUGACUCUUCAAUUGUGAUACCAGAACGAAAAAGAAUAAACAAUUAAAUACUCGUUAACCUUGACAAGCUUGACACGAGGCCUCAGGGAAGACUUGCUUCACACGCCUUGCUUCGCUCACUUGACUCCAAAGCUUCGAGCGGCGCUCUAUCUUGGGUCCGCCUCCUCCCGCGUAUUACCUCCCGCUCCUCCCGCCGCGUGUGUUAUGAACGAUUAGAUUCCAUCCUACAGAGGCGCAAGAAUCCAACCUUCCUGCCAAACACGGCGGGCGGCGCGGCGAGGCAUGGCACGCAGUAAAGCUUUGGAAUCGACCCGGAGAUUCGUUACUUUGAAUCUUUGUGAAUCGAGGCGCGAGAAAACCCUGUGGUCUCGAUGGGGGAAACUUGCUUUGUCAUGACUAACGACUUACCUGUGAAGUAAUUAGGCGUUAAGGCUGCCGGCAUAUCACUGUAGAGGUGUAAGGAUCUUGGGGGAACUCGACGCUUCCGAACGAAAGUAAAUUAAGAACAAAUCUUGAUGAAACAUUGAAUGGACUUAACACUUUUUUCCUUCCUUCAUAUAUAUUUUGUGUGGUGAUCUUUUUUUUUUUUUCUCGUAUCGUUUCGUGAAGCAUCUGUGGCGCCUCGACACGGCAGAGGCAAUAAACCAUGAGUGGGUCAGUGAGAUAGGAGUGAGUGGAGAGUACGUGUGUGGUGCCGUGCUGGGCUGGAGGAGAUCAGGGCACGGCAACUGGUGAUCUUCCUACCCGGGACAGACAGGUAAAUGUUUCUUUUUUUCUUUCUAUUUUUUUGUAUAGGGGUACAAAAAUCAUAAAAGGUAUAUUGAAGUGACAGUUAAUAGAAAAAAAAGAACUGAAUUAAUAACCUAAAAUUAAAAUGUCUUGCAGCCUUUUGAGUAUCUAGAAAUGAACCGUUUACUGAAGGCACUGCACGAAGUCUCGACACUUCUACAGGAAAGGAAGAAAUUAAGAGUAUACAUUUUAAUUAUCUAUCCGGUAAAGAGAUUAAAGGUGAUUGGAACAAGAGAAAUAUCCUAAGAGUGCUUUAUGUUUAGGAAAAUGUCUCAACACGCUGUGAAGUUGUUAAUUAUCUAUAAUAUAGAAAUAUCAAAUGAAAAAAAAACUUUCCACUGAUGCGCCAAUCUCUACAGGAAAAAAAUAUCCAAAAUUUAAGUGUCUUGCAACGUAAAUAUUCGGAAACUCAUUAUUCAUGAGAGACAAGAUUUUAGUACUGUCUUGAUCCGCGCAUUAGACCGUUCAGGGCCAGAUACACUUUUAAAGCUUCACAAAAUCAUAACUACGAAAAGAGGAAACGGAGAUACAAUAGUAGUUAAUGAAUAGUUAGAAGGUAAUACAGUUUUAAAAUGUUAUCCGAACUGAGCUAAUGUAGUAAAGGAUUAAAUUGACGAAGCGGACCAAAAGAGGGAGGGACGGUGUGGGAAAAUGGGAAUUCUGGAGUUUGGAGAGAGAAAGAUAUGGGGGAGGGGGGCGCUGUCUGUCCAUUGCUAGUGCUGCGUGAUGUACUUACCACUACAGAUAAGAUGUAUGUACGUGUGUCGUUCAGUUACUUAUGUACUGGUGGUGAAAGUCGUUCUUGUAACCUGACGUGUCCAGUAGCGAAUAAAAUGAAUGAGUAAUGUCUUAGUUUUACAUGAGGAAACUGAAUAAAUAAAUAGAUACAGGGUGAAGGUUAUCUGUGAAUGAGUGAAGGAGGGAAUGGAUGUACAGAUGAUCGAUGCCUGAGUGAAAUGAAUGACUAGUUUUACAUGAAGUGACAAUGAAUAAUUUAGUUGUACCAUUGAUAGGGUGAAGAUUAUUAAGGUGAAUGAAUGAGUGAAUAAAACAAGACACAUAACAGUGAAUAAAAUUCAUCCUGUUCACUUGAUGAAUAUUCACAUACAAUGAAUAUUCUAGAGAUACGGUGGAGAGAAUAAAGGCUAAUACUUGUGAAUUAAUGAAUGAGUGAAUAGGUAGAGGUGAUGAAUACGAGAAUAACCUUCGUUACCAAUUAACAUGGCCAGCAUGACUGACUACCAGACGUGUACUUGCAGUUUUUUCGCCUUUGUGUUUCGUUUCGUGUUGAUAUAACGAAAUGAAAACGAAAAAUGUACCGUGUUGGAAAAAAGUUGUGAAAAAAUAAAGUUAUAUGGAUGAGAAA